CAAGUCACAUUGAAUGAAAUUAAAUAUUGUUAAUGCAAAGGAAGUACUAACGUCAGGUCUUUGUGCGCUUCCCACAAAUUGUUUCCUUGCAAUUGCACUCGGACAGCUCUCGACAGUUCGUCAUCAUCAAGUGCUGUUAGGAACGUUCUAGCCAUGCCCGUGCCACGUAGUAUAAUCCAGCAGAUCAAACAGAUCAUCCCUCCCCUGAACGGCACUUUGCAUAAAGGACAAUCAGGCAGAGUCGGCGUGCUCGGAGGAGCUUUAGAUUACACUGGUGCACCGUUCUUCGCAGCAAUAUCUGCAUUGCGGCUGGGAGCAGAUCUUUCGCAUGUCAUCUGCUCACCCACAGCCGCUCAGGCUAUCAAGUCCUACUCCCCCGACCUGAUCGUACAUCCUAUUCUACGUGAAGAAGCAUCAUAUGGGAAAGUGGAGGAUGAACUCAGGUUGUUGUUUUCUCGGCUCCAUGUCCUCGUUAUGGGACCAGGACUAGGCCGCGAGGACUACAUGCAGUCUUAUGCUCGUCUAGCGCUAUCCAUCGCUCGCGAACAGGCCAUGUUCGUCGUCCUUGAUGCUGAUGCUCUAUGGAUGGUAGGGCAGGAUCUUUCUCUCGUCAAGGGAUACCGCCGUGCAGUGCUCACACCUAAUGUGGUCGAGUUCAAGCGCCUGAGUGAGUCGGCGGGCGUCUCACCAGACGUACCGACAAAGGAACGUGCUGGAGAGGUGUCCAAACUACUUGGAGGUGUCGUGGUACUGGAGAAAGGUGCUAUUGAUUUAAUCGCGAGUGAUACUACAGGGGCAGCAGCCAGUCUUGAGGCGAGUAAGCUGGAUGAAGGUGAUGAGGAGAGGCAACGCGUGAGGGAGGUGGUUGAGGUGGAUGUGGAGGGCGGGCUGAAACGGUGUGGUGGCCAGGGCGAUGUUCUUAGUGGAACAGUUGGGGCAAUGCUUGCGUGGGGGAAAUGCUACGAGGAUGGCGCGUUUGGUGAUGGGAGUGUUCCUACUUCUCGUCUCCCGCUUCUCGCGGCAGUAGGUGGAAGUAUGGUCACCCGAACCAGCAGCCGAAGGGCAUUUCAACUUGAGGGAAGAGGUCUUAUCACGCAAGAUAUGCUUCCUCAGCUUGGCAAGUCUUUCUCAGAGGUCUUUGGAGAAGAUCUAUGGGCUGGAGAUAAAGGCAGGCUCUAGGUUUAAAGACAAGGGAGGAUAGAAGACCCAUGCAUGUGCAAUAGAGGAAGUUCGACUCUGCAUUCACCUAGUUCGGGAAGAACAUUUUUCGGGCUCUGACGUGAUUGAUGUGACAGGGAGAGGGGGGAUGAUGGACAGGUUUUCCCAAGGUUGGGCGGGACCUGCAGGGGCAGCAACGGAACGGAUGUGAUGAACCUGGACGGUGAUUGGUAUGUGCCGAGAGCAGGAGACAUGACCAACUCAAUCAAGGAGGAGCAACCAGGAGCGACUCUAGAACAACAGCAGGCACUUGAAAGCAGAAACAUGGACUACUCCAGUAGUGAUGGCGGGAGAUGCAGUAGGAUACAACCACAGCGAGGGAGCUCUGUCGUCGUGGCGCGGAGCAAUUCCCGCUCAGCUUAUAUUAGACGUGCCAGAACAGCCC